AUGGUGCUGCUGCUGGUCAUCCUCAUCCCGGUGCUGGUGAGCUCGGCCGGCACCUCGGCUCACUACGAGAUGCUGGGCACCUGCCGCAUGGUCUGCGACCCCUACGGCGGCACCAAGGCGCCCAGCACGGCGGCCACGCCCGACCACGGCCUCAUGCAGUCCCUGCCCACCUUCAUCCAGGGACCCAAGGGCGAGGCCGGCCGGCCGGGCAAGGCGGGGCCCCGCGGGCCGCCCGGGGAGCCGGGGCCGCCCGGGCCGGUGGGGCCCCCGGGGGAGAAGGGCGAGCCCGGGCGCCAGGGCCUGCCGGGUCCCCCCGGGGCGCCGGGGCUGAACGCGGCCGGGGCCAUCAGCGCCGCCACCUACAGCACCGUGCCCAAGAUCGCCUUCUACGCCGGCCUCAAGCGCCAGCACGAGGGCUACGAGGUGCUCAAGUUCGACGACGUGGUCACCAACCUGGGCAACCACUACGACCCCACCACGGGCAAGUUCACGUGCUCCAUCCCCGGCAUCUACUUCUUCACCUACCACGUGCUGAUGCGGGGCGGCGACGGCACCAGCAUGUGGGCAGAUCUCUGCAAGAACAACCAGGUUCGAGCUAGUGCAAUUGCUCAGGAUGCUGAUCAGAACUACGACUAUGCCAGUAACAGCGUGGUUCUUCAUUUGGAGCCAGGAGAUGAAGUUUACAUAAAAUUGGAUGGAGGAAAAGCACAUGGAGGAAACAACAACAAAUACAGCACAUUUUCUGGAUUUAUUAUUUAUGCUGACUGAUUAUGAGUCAAAAACUAAGCUUGUUCUUCUAAGAGAUGGAUUCACGUGGCAAAAGUCAAUGAAUCAAGAAUCCAGCGGAUACUGACCGUGGGACACCUCAGUAGUGGGGGAAAAUCAAAUGCUACCUGACUCACAUCUGUAUGGCACAAAGAAACCUUAUAUUAAAAAAAAUAUAUAUAUAUAAAGCAAGUUAAACAGAUGUGUGAUCCACUACCGCCAAAGCAAAUACUUAUUGUUAGUGUCGAUGUGAAUGAAGUCCUAUAUAGAUCACAAAUUUUUAUAGGAAAAUCUAAAGACACUGAAUUAUUUCUUCAGUAUAUACGAUACUUCGAUGUAUUAUGAUCUUGCUGCUUUAUCCAUACGUCAGCUUUGGUUCUUGUGACUUACCCGCUAACUAUGAUGCUUGGAGUCCACUCAUAGUGAGGAAUGAGUUUACAAUAAAAGGAAGAGGUAAUUGAAAUGCUUCUUCUCUCCAAAGGAAUUGUUUGCCUUGUACUUUUGUUAUCCUUCUAUCUAGAACUAGAAACUAAUAAGUUUCAAGCCUUAACUCUUAAUUUCCCUGCUUUGUGAGUGUAGGUCAGGCCUUUUAAAUUAUUUCCACCUGUUUGUUUAGUUUAAAUUUCCUUUCCCUCCCCUUAAUUGUAUUCUAAGAGAGAAAGACAGAAGAAACAAUUCAAUAAAAAUAUAAGAGAUGAUAUAACAAACUGCCUAUAUUUGGACCAAAUCCUGGGUCCACUGAAGCCAAUUGCAAAACUCCUAUUUGGCCUUUAUUAUGUAAACAGAUUUGGCUCUUAAUUUGUAAACAUGUGUAAAUACAUGUAUUUAGACAAUUUAACAAACCCAUUCUUGAUGGUUUGUUGUGUAAAUACUGUUUUAGCAAAUCUAACAUCCACACUGCCAGGCCAGAAUAAUUUUUUUGCUGCAAUUAGUCUUCAGUGUAAAUCUGUAGUUACUACUUUUGUUUAACAAAAGAUUAUUUAUGAUUUGACAUACUACAAAGAGUCAACUGAAGUCAUUACAUAGAACAUUGUGAGAAAACCACUGGUCAAAAUCCUGCUCUGCUUAUUUAUGCAACCCCCAGUCUUGCUGAAGUCAGUGUGAAUACUUGCAUGAGAGUGGGAUUUGGACCCCAUGUAAUGAUGCCAUCACACAGUACCUGUUACAAGGUAUUGCAUUCAUUUGUAGUAUGGUGUGACUGAAAUUAACAGAUAAGCAUAUUACCAAAUAUGAAAACCAGUUAUGCAAAGAUAGAAACAGAUUUUCAAAUGCAAAAAACUGUGUACUAAAACCUAUUUUUCUUAUCUAUCUAUCUAUCUAUUUAUCUAUCUAUAUCUCAAAAAGGCUUACUCAGUAUAAUAGACUAAUGGCCUGGAGAAUUACAUUGUAAAAACAUGCUUUUCCGUUAUAGUUCUACAAAAAUCUUUUACAAUCAGUAAUAGCAGCAAUAUCAGUAAUACCUCUAUAAAAAGGAUUUUUAUUUAGAAAUUAUGUUUUUGUUUUUUUAAUUGCUCCCACAUCGAUACUUGCCAGUUUAAGUCUAAAGCAAAGUUAUAGCAGGAAUACAUAACAGAACCUUUACGGCAGGGUCAAAAUAAUUACAUAGCUUCCUGUUGUAAUGCUGAUGCAGUACAGAUCUUAAGUUACAUUCAUGGCAGAAUAAAAAUACUAUUUGUAUAAAUUGCUAUGGAGUAGUGAGAGGCCAGACCUAGUUUUUCUGUUUUACAUAAUCUGCAAGGCUGGCUCCAGGCACCAGCGGAGGAAGCACGUGCCUGGGGCAGCGCAUGCUAAGGGGCGGCAUUCCAUCC